AAUCUGCGUUUAGGUCAUUGUGAUGAGUGCGUUGCUACAAAAAAUCAUUUUAUGUCAUUGGCAGACCAAAUUGACGAACAAGUGAAACGGUAUAAUGCUUAUAAUACGAGAUUUGAUAGUAACGCGACAGUAUUUGACGCCAAAGACUUCUUAUUAAUCAUGAAUAUAAAAGUUGGAUUAAAUGAAUUUAAAUUGGGACCUGUCAAGUUAGGAGAACAGUGCAAAGAAUCUAUGGACAAGGACUAUCGUUGCAUGGUACAGCUUUGGACACAUGUUUAUGAAUUUAUGAAGGUUUGCAACAAGAAAUUUGCAGAUAGUACGAUGCGGCUUAUUUGGAAUUCGAGGAUUUGA